GAGGUCGCGGCGGGGAGCCGGCGGGUGUGGGGGAGGCGGAGGGCGGCGAUCCACCUGGGCGACGUGGCAGCCAUUGCCUACUCCUAGAGACCCCUCCCCACGCGGCCGCCCACCCGCCCUCUCGCGGCUGGCUCCUGUGAGGCUGCUCUUCCCCGGUCGGACAGAGAGCGGCAGUGUCUCCCCGCUCCGCGCGCUCGUUGCGCGUCUCCCCCCCGCGGCCGCAGCUGCUCGCCAGCCCUGCGCGGCGCCGGAGAGCGCAGUGGCGGCGGCGGGAAAGGGCUGCGGACCCGCGGUGCCGCGUCGCACACUCGACGACGCGGCUCCGGCUUCGGUGCCCUCCGCCCGCUCCAGGAGCAGGUACUUAAUUUGUAGGAAGAAGAUGCUCUGUUUUAUGGACCUGAGUAUUCCGGGGAUUGAAAUGUAAGAAGACUUUAUGUUGGAUAACAGGAAGAGGUGUAGAGUUUGCAGGUAUCAACUGUGGUCUUACUAAGCAUGUCAAUAGCAUCAAUGCCAGAUAGACGGGAAAAAUUUUAGUUUUGGAAGUCAGAAUGCCAAGGAAAAGGAAAAAUCUUGGGGGAAAUCCUAUUCGGAAGACUGCAAACUCUAAGGAAGUUGUCGUAUCCAGUCUUGCUAGUCAUGAGGAGUCAACCACUACCCUUCCUUCCGUGUGUGAGACAAACACUGAUCAGGAAGAACUCUUCACCAGUAUCUCAGAGAUGUUUUCUGAUCUGGAUCCUGAUGUAGUGUAUUUGAUGCUUUCUGAAUGUGAUUUCAAAGUUGAAAAUGCCAUGGAUUGUCUAUUAGAAUUGUCUGCCUCUGAUGCCAAGAUAGAAGAAUCAUCUUCACAAAGCUUUGUUGCUUCUGAGAACCAGCCAGUUGAAACAGGAAGUGAAAUAAUGGAGAAGUGUCCUCUUGAAGAAGAGAGUGAAGAUUCGAAGAUGGAUUCAUUUCUGGAUAUGCAGCUGACUGAAGACUUGGAUUCCUUAAUACAGAAUGCUUUUGAGAAAUUGAACUCUUCUCCUGAUGACCAAGUAUACUCAUUUUUGCCUUUGCAAGAUGUUAAUAGUUUUAAUGACCCAAGUAAGUUUAUAAAUUCACAUUCAAGUAAUACGGCUCCUGUCCAUUGUAUGCAAAAUAUGGAUUCCAACAGUGAGAAUUUAGAAAAUUCUGUCUCUACAGUAAGUUCAAACCCAUUAACUUCACAUUCAGUUUUGAAUGGGUCCAAAAGUUUUAUAAAGGAUAACACUUUGGCUUUAGAAGAUGAUUACCAAGAAGAUUCUCAUCUCAGUAGUUCUUUAAAUCCAACAAAUGACUCUAUCGUGGGUUGUAGUAAUCUUAAUCAGAGACAGAGCGACCUUUUAGAAUCUGAGCGUGUUGAGGCUCAACUUUCCGAAGCCCCUGUAAAUUUGAAUGCUAACGAACCUCAAGCUUCUUUAAACCUUCCUGUGCAAAAUUCAGGGUGUGAUUUGCCAGAUACUGGUGGGAAUCAGAGGUCUACUUCUGUCUCUGAUAUUUUUGUACCUUCUGAAGGGUUCAAUUUCAAGCCACACAAACAUACUGAACUACCACCAAAGGGGAAGGAUAUGAAUUACUGCCCAGUACUUACCCCUCUCCCUUUACUGCUUCCUCCUCCUCCACCUCCACCAAUGUGGAAUCCAAUGAUUCCUGCUUUUGACCUCUUUCAAGGAAGCCAUGGGUUUGUGGCUCCUGUUGUAACCACAGCUGCACACUGGAGACCUGUCAACUACACAUUUCCACCCUCGAUCAUUUCUCACACUUCCCCAACGAAGGUAUGGAGAAACCAAGAGGGAACAAGUGCUUAUCAAGUACAAGAAACUCCUGUUUCUCAAGUUGUAAGAAAGAAGACAACAUCAUAUGUUGGACUAGUUCUUGUUCUUCUCAGAGGCCUUCCGGGAUCAGGAAAAUCUUUUUUGGCGAGGACUUUGCAAGAGGAUAAUCCAAGUGGAGUCAUUCUUAGUACUGAUGAUUAUUUUUAUAUAAAUGGACAGUACCAGUUCGAUGUAAAGUACUUAGGAGAAGCACAUGAAUGGAACCAGAAUCGUGCUAAAGAAGCAUUUGAGAAGAAGAUAUCACCAAUAAUAAUAGACAAUACAAACCUACAGGCCUGGGAAAUGAAGCCAUAUGUUGCUUUGUCUCAAAAACAUAAAUAUAAGGUCCUCUUCCGGGAACCAGACACAUGGUGGAAAUUCAAACCGAAGGAGCUUGCAAGGCGUAAUAUUCAUGGGAUAAGCAAAGAAAAAAUAACAAGAAUGUUAGACCACUAUCAACGUUUUGUUUCAGUGCCAAUAAUCAUGAGUUCUUCAGUUCCAGAGAAAAUUGAACGUAUUGAAUUAUGUGCAUAUUCUUGUGAGGAUAGAAAUUCCAGCCCAAGAGACAAUGAAGAUAUUACCUCUGAAAAAGAAGAAAAUGUUUUAUCCUCAUCACUGAAGCAUCUAGAAUUAAUUGAAGAAAAGAAUCCUGAARUGACCAAAGAAACGGUGUUGCCUGAGAAUAUUACAUAUCUCCCCCAUGCAGAUAUAAGCAAAGGAAGGAAAGAAAUAAGUGGUAUACAUCAUAACACUCAGAGUCAGUUCAUUCAGGAAGCUGCACACAUCUAUCUUUCAGACUCUGGAAGCAAAGUUCAAGUAGCAGACAAGAGAGAAAAAGAAGAGCAAGUAGAAAUGACAACUGAAAAACAGUGUAUUAAAACUGAUGCAGAUAGAGUAUCACCAAGUAUUUGCUCUGGUGAAAAUAAUCAAGACUUCGAUCUGGCAAAUACUGUACCACUUCAAAAUGAAAAAUCUUCAUCAGGUGAAAUAUUAGAAGAAAGAACAACAGUAAAGAAAAAAGCCUUUGGGAAACAAAAAAGCAAAUCACCUUCGGAAAAGUUUCCAAGACAUGAGCUAUCGAAUUUUGUUGGUGAUUGGCCAGUUGAUAAGACUAUUGGUCAGAGAACAAAAAGGAACCGAAAAUCUGAAAAAGCUUCAGGAGUCCCCGGAAUAGAAGUAGGCACAUGUACCCAGACUGAACCACAGGAUUUUGCUCUCUUAUGGAAAAUAGAAAAGAAUAAAAUCAGUGUUUCAGAUUCUAUCAAAGUAUUAAUAGGAAGAUUAGAUGGAUUUAAACCAAAAGCUUUCAAUAUUAACACAAAGUCAAAUGUUCAAGAGACAAUUCCAUAUAGGGUAAUGUAUGAUAAAAGCACGUAUGUUGAAGAAAGUGAACUUACCAGUGCUGAUGAAUCUGAAAAUCUUAACAUCCUUUGUAAGCUGUUUGGAUCUUUUUCAUUAGAAGCCUUAAAAGAUUUAUAUGAAAGGUGUAAUAAAGAUAUUAUUUGGGCCACAAGUCUUCUGUUGGAUUCUGAAACUAAAUUAUGUGAGGAUACUGAAUCAGACAAUUUCCAAAAAUCAUAUGAUGAAUCACAAGUUGGACCAUUUUCUAUGGGAUUGAAUUUGAAGGAAAUUAUUAGCCAAAGAGAAACAGUAGAGGAUUCUAAUUCUUUUGUGCCAGAAAUUAGUCCUAGAAUCUGUAUCAGUAAUAUUAAUUCACAGUCUAGCUAUAAUGCUGAAAAGUUAAACUCAGAGCAGGCAGAAAUAAGAGCCGUAACUCCUGAAAAGCUUGGAUCAAUAACAAAUGUAUUUCCUAAUGCUGCUGUAGAUCUGAAGAGUAAUAGUGAAAUACUUCGUAAUAGCCAGGUAGAACUAUCAGGUUUAUGUAGCUUCAAGCAGUCUCUUCCAGUUAUUCUAAAAUCCGCUACCCCUAAAGAUGUGAGUGAAAUAGAGAACAGUCUAGUAGCGGCAGAGACUGAAGAUGGUAUACAUUCUUCUUUAAAUUUAUCAGAUAUUUUAAACUCUGUAUCAAGUACUUCAAAUCUUGAAUUAAAUGAAGAAGUUUACUUUACUGAUUCUUUGGAAAUAAAGAAAAAUGAAAAUCUUCCAAAAGAUUAUGUGAAAUUUGUGAAUUCUGAAGAAUUUAUGAAUGUAGAUGAACAGGAAAUGGAGAAAAUUCUAAUGGCGGGAAGUAGCUUGUCAGUUGGAGUUAAUGAAGAAGAUAAAACUGAGAUAUUGAAUCCCAUGCCAGGGAUGGCCAAAUCUCUGACCAUAGACUGUCUGGAAUUGGCAUUACCCCCAGAACUGGCUUUUCAACUCAAUGAAUUAUUUGGCCCAGUUGGUAUUGAUUCAGGGUCUCUAACAGUUGAGGAUUGUGUGGUUCAUAUAGAUCUGAAUCUGGCUAAAGUGAUUCAUGAGAAAUGGAAAGAAUCUGUAAUGGAGCGACAAAGACAAGAGGAAGUAUCUUGUGGCAGGGUUAUUCAAGAUUCUUCCCUGGUUGGACAUAUUGGUCUUGAUAAUCCUGAACAAAAAUCAUCUCAGAGAACAGGCAAAAAAUUGCUGAAGACUUUAGCAGCACCCGAAAUGCUCCCCUUGUUGGAUCAUUGGAAUACUCAAACUAAAAAAGUAUCACUCAGAGAAAUAAUGUCGGAAGAAAUUGCCUUACAGGAAAAACAUGAUUUGAAAAGGGAGACACUUAUGUUUGAAAAAGAUUGUGCCACUAAACUAAAGGAGAAGCAGCUCUUUAAGAUAUUUCCAGCCAUUAAUCAAAAUUUUCUGGUGGACAUUUUCAAGGAUCACAACUAUUCAUUAGAACACACAGUGCAGUUUUUAAACUGUGUUCUCGAAGGAGAUCCUGUAAAAACAGUUGUAGCUCAAGACUUUGUUCACCAAAAUGAGAAUGUCACUUCUCAUACUGCACAGAAGACUAAAGAGAAAAAGGCAAAGAAAUUGAAGGAGACUGAAGAUACCCCAAGUGAACCAUCUUUCCAGGAUUUCGAGUACCCUGAGUAUGAUGACUACAGGGCAGAGGCUUUCCUGCACCAGCAGAAGAGGAUGGAAUGCUAUAGCAAAGCUAAGGAAGCUUACCGAAUGGGGAAGAAAAAUGUUGCCACCUUUUAUGCCCAGCAGGGCAGUCUUCAUGAGCAGAAAAUGAAAGAAGCCAACCACCUUGCUGCUGUGGAGAUCUUUGAGAAAGUUAAUGCCUCCCUGCUGCCACAGAAUGUCUUAGACCUCCAUGGGCUGCAUGUGGAUGAAGCAAUAGAACAUUUGAUGACAGUUUUACAGCAGAAAACUGAAGAGUUUAAACAGAAUGGUGGUAAGCCCUAUCUUUCUGUGAUUACUGGGAGAGGAAACCACAGCCAGGGAGGAGUUGCUCGCAUCAAACCAGCUGUCAUUAAAUACCUCACAAGCCAUAGCUUCAGGUUCUCUGAAAUUAAACCAGGGUGCUUGAAAGUCAUGCUAAAGUAAAAUAAAUGUCCUUGACUUAGAAGUAUGAAGGUUUGUAGGUUAAAAUUAGUUUUAUUUGAAAUAAUUCAAUCAAUUCUGCUUUAAACAUGUGUUUUAUUAGGAACAGUGUUCACUUAUAAGAAAAAAAAUUGUUUUUCAAAAUUGAAGAGAAGUUAAUUUUUUUACUGAAUCAAAUUCCAAGUAAUGUUACCUGUUAAAAAUAUUAAAGAGAAUUUUUAUGGAUUUCAAAAUGUCUAAGAAAAUUAUCAGCUGCAAUUUUAAAGUCUGAAGUGCUCUGAUUCUUUCUCAAAGAGAAAAUGCUACCUUUGUAUUAAUUGUUGUUUGACGUUUAGCAAAGUCCUAAAGGCUUCUGUGAGAGGUAAUGUGCUUUGAGAACUGGUUCAAACCUUUCAGAGGUGUGUAUUAAUAUUAGUAAAGAAAGAAAGGCUAUCUAACAACAACACUUGAAUUCUUUUUGCUUUUGAAGCCAAAUACAUAAAAUCAUUUCAUUUUAUCAUGUCCUGCAGAAGGGAACUUGUUGUCAUACUUUUUUCUGCUUUGUAUGUGACUCAACUCUUUCCUUUUGUUCUGUUCUUCUGUGUAUGCAUUUUCUAUGAGGAAAGUUGGGUCUGAGAUUAUCUUGCAGUCUUAUCCUUUCUGUAGGCUGAAAGGUCUUCAGAGGUGAGAUGGUGGGCUGUCUGCCACUCGUUACUGCCUUCUAGGACUCCCAGAACCAACCAUUUGCCCGAGUGGCAGCAGAGACAGCACUAAAGAACUAUAUUUUAUAUUGGGGGCAUGUAAUUUCUAAACUAGUAGGUCACAAUCCUGUUAAUUUAAAUCAGAAGACAUUUUUAAUAUCAUCAUAAAAGGAAUCUGUCCAGUUUAAAAGAUUUUUACGUUUAUUUUGAAAAAGAGCCAACUUUCGGAAACUUUCAAAGACUCCUCUUGUUUCAUUAGCUAACAAGUCCUGUAAGUAUGUAAAUUAUAAUUUCUUUUAUACAGGUUUAGUGUGGUAAUGUAUAAUUUUUUAGUAUGAGAUAGUGACUAAAAUAAAUUUGAUUUUGGAUAUAUAGAAUACUUUCAACAUAUAAUUUUCGCAAACAAUUGUGUUGCUUUUUAUUUAGUUUAAAAAAUCAUUUGGACAGGAAUAAUAGGAUUGUUACCAAAAAUAUCCUGGAAAUACAGAAUGAUUUCCCAAAUAAGCAAACAUUUUAAUGAAAAUAACACUCAAAAAAUGUAUUUUCAUGAAUCAUCCAUGCAUGCUUUUAAAAGAAAAAGCCUAUCUUUGAAUUUAUUUCCACAAAAAGGAAUAUAUGUUUAUUAUUUAGAAAUGCUAAUGACUGGUGAAGUAUUAUUCACUUUCUUACAUUUGUAAUAAUUCAUGGGAAAAGAUGCCAAUAAACUAAACUGCACACUUUUGUAAUGUUUAGAAGUGUUGUGUACAUUAAAAUAGGCAAUUCCUUUUGACAACUUAUUAUAAAAUUAUACUUGUUAAUGAAAUAAAAAUAUCCCUAUGUAUAAAUUAAUAUGAUUUAAAAGAGAUUAAAAACAACACUAAAAUGUGUAGUACUGGAGUAUAUGCAGUUGCAUACUCACUUUUUGUGUCUAUAUUUUCUCACCUGGUUAAAAAAAUAUCACUUUUGAGCCCUUUGGCCAGAUUUACUUCAAUAUUAUGAUGAUAAUGAUUGUUAAUAGGGGAGCAGUCAAAAGUAGUUAUGGUAGUCUAUGAGUAAAACCUAAAUGAAAGAAGCUAUGUUCUAUACUGUAUCAACUUCAAUUUUAUGUCUUAUUUUGGUAAAUCGGGUAAUAUUUCUUCAUUACCAUUGAUAAAUUUGCAAGCAGAGUUUGUGCAUCAUAAAUAUUUUUAUGAAGUUAAACCUAUACUGCCUCCUGCCCUCCUACCUAGUAUAGUUUAAGUAACACGUAAUUUGGGAAAGAAAAUUUAUGAUCCCUUUUCUUUUGCCCAUUUUCAAAUCCUAUAUGCCAGAAGGGAAGAUAGCUUGGGCAUUAUUGAAGUUUUCAUGUGAUGGUAUAUUAGAAGAGCUCUUUGUAAACUUUAAAAUAUUUGAAAAGCAUAGCACUUCUGUGGUUUGGAAGGCUUUAGUAUCAAAUCCAUUCAUAUUCUCUUACUGGUAUCUUCCAGAGGAAAGAGAAAAAGAGAACUAAUGUAGAAACCACAGAGGGCAUGCCUCUGGGCCAGGGGAUUCUUAACAGUGUUUGCAAUCUGUCUAUCUCCUUUGUCCAAUGUGAGAAAUUUGAAGCAUGUUUUCAUACACUUAUUGGCUGUUCAUAUAUCUCUAUGUUAUUUUCAAGUUGAAGUUUCUUCUAAUAGUAUUUCAAUACUAUCUGCAAUUCUGUGGCCUUUAAAUAUGGUUCGUAUUAUAUAGUAGAUAUUGUGACUCUAAAAUGUUUUGCGUAUUAUAACAUUUUGAAAGGAAAAACAGUUUUUUUGGAUGGUUUUCUGUCUUUUUAUUAUAGCUUUUUUCUUUUUAAAUUCAAGUGUUUUUGUAUGCUUAGGAAAAGGAUACAUGUAAUAACAUGAUUAGUUAGUUAGUUCUGAGCUGGAAAUUGGAAACUUUUGAAACUCAGGAAAUUGCUCUGACAAUGUUUUAACUGCUCUCAAUGUAAGAAAAUGGCAAAAUGCAUAAAAAUAAUGUGUGCUGUUUUUUCCAGUGCUUUUUCUCAAUGCUUUUUCAUUGUGCAAUGAGGUGAAGUUUGAUGAUAUUUUUGUGUAGUGAUUAAAUAUUGCUUAUUUUUAUUUACAUGUAAAGAACAGAUUUAAAAGUUUGUGUGGCCAAAAAAGUGUCAUUUAAAAGGCAAAGUAAGUUUAUGUAGAAUGUAUGUUAAUGGUGCUUAUUUUUGAAGUGUAAUUCAAGUUUACAGUAUUACUUAAUGCCUCUUUACAGAAUUUAAUAGAGAAAAAAGGCCAGGACACAUCUGCAUCCUGAAGAGCCUUUUCAACUUCAUGUUAUAAUAUGACAAGGUUUAUUAUUUUCCUUAAAGUUGAGCAAUUGACUUUUAUGGUCCAAAUGAUGAACCUGUUAUUAAUAAAUGAUUGAAUUAACCAUAAGAUUUUUCCUUAAAAUAUAACAUUGCAGCUAUCAGUUGGAGAAUAUAAGAUCUUCAGAUGGUAUAUCAGAAACAAAAUGUUUUUAUUUGUACUAUAAAGAAAAUGUAAUUUUGCUGUUAACUCUGUACUUUUUUAUUGAAAAUGUUUAUAACUUUGCUUUUAAAAUUUCUUAUGAAACCAUUUGCAAAUUUCACACUUAAUUUAAUAAAAUGCUUUAGCUACA